UAGAAAACGCAACGGUCGACGAGCAAAACAACGCCAUUUCGUUUCUGCUCUGAGCAGAGAGUACUCAAAGAGCACACAGAAACGAAAGGUGAGACGCUUCAAUCUUGUGAAAUCAAAAUGGUGGCAACACCGUAUGAAGAAAGUCGCCGGAAGAGAAUGGAAGAGAAUCGGAAGAGAAUGGAGGCUCUCAAUCUCACUCAGCUUUCUCAAUCCCUUCACAAAUCAUCUUCUCCCAUUUCGAAACCCUCGCCGUCGAAACCUCGCACCACCGAGAAGCAGCUUGUUGUUGUCAGAAGAUCCGGCCGUGUCGCCAACCAGCCUGCUCCUGUUUACAAAGAAAUUCUUAUUGAUCGCGUUAUAAUACCUAGAAGUAGAACUUCAAGUGGAGGUAGUUAUGAUAAGUACAGGGAUUACUCGAAGCGUGUAUAUGCUUCCGAUGAAGCUCGAGUGGAAGCAUUGGACAAGGCGGAGAAGUUGCAGUCCGAAUUAAACUCCCCGCAUCCGUUUUUUAUUAAGACAAUGCUUCAAUCUCAUGUCACUGGUGGAUUCUGGCUGGGUCUUCCAGUUCGUUUCUGCAAGAAAAAUCUUCCAAAACGGGACGAAGUGAUGACUUUGAUUGAUGAGGAUGGAAAUGAGUCUCCAGCUACAUUUUUGGCUCAAAAAACAGGACUUAGCGCUGGAUGGAGAGGUUUUGCUAUUGCUCAUAAACUUGCUGACGGGGACGCUUUAAUUUUUGAAUUAGUUAAACGCACUGCAUUCAAGGUGUACAUUAUCAGAGUGAAUGGUCCUUCAUUCAGAGGGUAAACAGCUUGAGUGAAAUUGCUGUUGGAAAUGGGAGGCAGUAACAUUAAUCUAGGUUCUAAUAUGCUCGUCUUGGAUUCUGUUUUUGGUGUCUAACUGUAUUUUUCUGUCACCUAUUUUGAGGUCCUACAUGUGAAAUGAACUCUUAUGCAUAUGUGUAUAAAUGAAUGAGUAGAGCUAUUCCUUAUGACCUUAAAUAUUUCUUUACUUUGAAAAUCAGUAUUUGAGUGGUAAAUAGUCUUGUGUUGACUUCAAAAAAAUAUCUAGCUGGCUUUGCCCCAGUUUCAGGCUAAACCAGGAGCACAUACCACAGAAAAAUCAGCCUGGGAGCACAUGGGGUAUAUGGGGCAAUAACGCGUCACGAUCAUGUGCUUUCUAAUCCAACUGAAAUUCUUAAGUUGGGUAGAUAUAUCAUACAAUCAUUAAAUGAUUUUUGUACCCUUUGUCAAUAAUAUCACUUGCAAACAGAUUUACCUCCCUUAAUUGGAAUUGGAAGUUAGUCAAGUUCCUGUUUUAUUUUCUUGGACGACAAGAAUAAUAACUAAAUUGUUAUAGGAAAACAAUCCAUUAUUGAUUAUGGCCAUGAUUGCUCAAAAUAGCACAUGUGAUGGGGGCUAGACGUGUAUUUGAAAUUGGAUGUAUAAUUUUUUGAUAGCAACACUUGCUUAGAAGAAGUGUCAGGUACAGCUUGCAAAAGCAUGUAGCAUCUCGUCUCAUACGUUUUAAUGGUAGAAGCCACCCGUUUCUAAUGGGGUGGUAGGGUCUGACCCACCAAACAUGUAUAUUUUACUUACACUUUUUUCGGGACAGAUUAAAUUUAUAUUUUAUUUUGGGACAAAUUAAAGUUUUAGAAUUGUAUUAUUUAAUAUGUCGGUUCGGCAAUUUUUCGAGCGUGGUCAUUAAUAUUUUUUCUUUUUUUAAAUUAAAAUAUGCUAUGUAUGUAGGUUGGUCCCGUUUUCAUCCCACACCAUUAAUUAUGUUUACUCCGCUAUGUCAAUUUUUUUUGAGCUUUUCUUAGUAGAUUUAGACACGAUAGGCGUCCUUACUUUUAAUAGCAAGUUGCGCACAAUAACCUAAUACCUAUCAAUGUUUUAUAUUUGAUUGAUUUUUAGUGCUAUUUAGGUUGUGCAUAACUUUAAUGUGUUUCAGAAGAGUUGGAGGAAAAUACUUAGCUUUAAUGUGUUUCGGAAUCUCAGAGAGAGAUGUUACUCCUUCUCUUUAAAAAAAAAAUUCCUUAACUCUUUAACUCUCUAGGGUUUGGUGGUUUCCUCCCACCUCCAUGGUGAUCCUCUUCUUCCACCUUUAUGGUGACAAUCUCUUCCUCUUUUGAGAUGACUUUUUCAUCCAUCUACCUUCGUUCUGACGUUCUCACAAUAAUCAAACCUCUUAUCAAUCACUCACUCUCUCCACCACGAACAACCGUCAACCUUGCUAUUUUUGCGGCCACCGUCGGAUCCACCGCCACCAAGAAAUGACAAGUAUGUUAAGGGGCUUAUGCACAUCUCAAACUUAACAAUGGUGGAUGCUUCUCUCUUCCCCCGAAGCUUCUCAUACACUUUCGCUGACAAUCUUUUGGCCACCGUCGAAGCUACCAUGGUUGUUCUCCGAAGCUUCUCAUACACUUCCAUUGACAAUCUUUUGGCCACCGUCGAAGCUACCAUGGUUGUUCUACAGUUAGAGAUUACUUCUUCUAAUAAAGCUAUUGAAUUUCGUUUAUGUGUUCUCUAUUAUGUGUUUUUGUCUUUUAGGAUUAAGGUUGCACUCUUGGUGUUUGAUAAAAUGGUUCAAAAGAGUGUUGUGUCCUUUAGCAUGUUUGUGUGUGUGUCUGUUGGCAUUUCGUAGUGAUUGAGGAAGCUUAUGAGUUCAACAUUCAUCAUAACAUUUUCUCUAAUAAUCUUUUAUUUUGUGAACAUUCGAGAAGAUUGGACAAUAUUGAGACCAAAGAUAGUCGAAAUGUGCAUACAUAGGUCAAAGAAAUCAUCCGUAAAUGGAUUUGAAAAAAAGUUGUGGAUUCUCACUCUCACAUAGUCAUUGACGGUGUUUGCAAGAGAGCAAAUUAUUGGAUAAAAUGUUGUUGUUUUUUAUUUGAUUGUGCUUUGUCUUAUGACUAUGUAGUGUUUUCUCUUUAAAUUGUUUUUAGAUUAUAUAUGGAGUAUGUUCCAUUUUAAUUGUCUCAUGUUAAUGGAGUAUGUUCCAUUUUAAUUGUCUCAUGUUAAUUGUAAUUCUUGCUAGUUUGACUUCUAUUGAUGUUUGGUGUUACUAUUAAAAGAAA